AUGGACAAUUCUAGCGAGAGGCUUAGCAUUUCACAAGUGUACCAGUUAGCUCACGAGUACCGGGACCAUGCAUAUUCGGUUGCGAACAGAAUCGGUUGCGAGGAGGAGUUGGCGCAAUACUAUUCCCUAAUUAACAUGUCUGUGCAGAUGUUCCAAAUACUGAAGAGGAAAUGCGCGCUUUCCGUCGUGGAGGAUAGCAAGGUCACUUUUGAAAUGGUGGAGUUGCUAAUACACGAGACGCAUAACUUUGAUUUAGCGGAGUUGUACAUUUCCAGUUUGAAAGAACGGCUACAGACGCACCAGAACAGCGUAGAUUUGGUGGAGGAAAUCAUGCAUUGCGAGUUUUUACUACUGCACGAUCUGCCGUUGAUGAGAGACACGAGAUUCCAUUACAAGAUUGCGCUGAGAAACUGCAAUGAAUUGGUGCAGUACAUGACAGGUCUGCAAGAUGAGAUGUAUCGAAACUGGGCAUCUGUAUUCCAGUAUGUCGGUGUGACGCUUUGCAUCAAACUAAGGCAACAUCGUAGGGUGAAGACGAGUUUUGCCGGGAUGCUCUCGCAACUGCGGGAGAAGUCGCAAUGGAAAUGGUUUUUGAACCUGUGUUACGUGAAUUAUCUACUGGAAGAGAGGUUCCCCAUCCCUGAAGCGGCGCUGGACGAGUUGGCAAGCACAGAGUUGAGCACAGUGGGGCCCGGGCUAUACGCGUGGAGGCUGGCAUUGGAGAUGGUGAUCCAGGUUUACAAAGACGGCAACAUCACCGAGCAUUUGAACGAAUUCAAGAAGUUUUUCGACGAGAACAAGCAAUCAUUGGCCGACGAUGGGGGCAGGGGGUGCAUGAUCGGCAUUGCGCCAGGGGUGACGCUAAGAGUGGACUUGCCCAUGAUUUUCCACUACAAGGAAUUGAAGAAUAUCCUGUUGUUGUUGCAGAGCGUCAGCUACAUCGUGAAUUGCUACGACGAGAAGGGGAACUUCUCGAGGAAGUUCCUGCCCAAGGUGUAUUCCACGACACAGAAGCUGAUAAAGACCAUCGCGGCCGGCGGUGUUUCGAUGAACGAGCUGGACUCGCGGAUCCAGACGUACAAGCGCAUUCUUGAAUUUUGCGAGUUUUACAAAGUGUGGGAGGAAACACUGCUGAAGGGGGCCGUGGUGGAGACGGAGUCUCCUAAGCCGGGGCCCUCGCCAGCCUAUGUGAAACUGCUACAGGCGAUGAAGGUCCAGUUUCAAGGUGGAGAGGCCGCGGAGGAGUACAUUCGGCUGGCACACUCAGGCGGCACAUCGAGCGAAGUGAAGAUGAUAUCGCUGCUGAAUGGCUACACAGUGCAGGCGGCAAGAGUGAGCCGGUCUUCGGCCGACCGGCAGGGCGAGCUCGUGGACCACUGCAACAAGGUGUGGCAGCAGGUGGAGAAACUGCUGCGAGAGACGGAUCUGCAGUUCAACCCGAUGUGGGAGUGCACUGUGAUGCUUCUGUGGCUGUUCAGCCAUUUCGAACCAUUCAGUUGGAACCCGCUGCCGUGCAGCGACAAGCAGCGCGCCGAAUACGUGUCGAAGCUUCGCGAGUUCUACUCCAGGAACAAGUUUGCGGGCACUGGGGACAGCCGGUUCAAGUUGAAGAAGGCCCUGCUGCUGCAGGUGCUAGUGAACUAUCUGGGCGGCCGGAUGCUGGAGCACGACCUGGGGGAGAUCCGCGCGAUCUCGGGAAAGUGUUUUGAGAUCUGCCGCCAGCAGGGCGGCAUGGACAAGGUCCAAUACGUGGUCGGCAUAUGGCAUCUAAUGAACUGCACGGUGGGGAUGCGGGGAAAGGACGUCGCUCUCACAAACGCGAAACUGGAGGCGCUGGUGAGGCAAGUCACCACCAGCGCCAAGAACUAA